UUAAUGCUUUCGUCUGCCUGUGUUUUGGACAUUUUAUUCUUAUUAUUUGUCAAAAAACUUCCAUUAGCUGUUUUAAAUUUAUCUUACUGUCAGGGUACGCAAAAAACUUAUGACAUUUCUUGUAAUUUGAAGUUUUAAAUUUUGAAUUCAGUUUCGAAUGAAGAGAGAGAGAGAGAGAGAGAGAGGUGAAAUAAAAUUUUAAAUUCACGUCAUGCACGUUCUAUUAAAAUGGCAGAUAAAAAUUGGCCGCAUAUUGAUAAUAAUCGAUUAAAUGUUAAUUAUAUGUUUUCAACUGUAAUUUAAAAGUACCUAGUGCGCUUUACAAAAGUUCAGCGAAUUGUCCAUGCAAAAUCUAUUUAUGGCGGAGCUGCAAUCACACGCUAAUUAAGCUCUACCCUUCAAAGUUAGAUGAAAUGUCAAUCGUGCGCGAUCGGCUUUAUUAAUUGUUUUUCGCACGGCCGUCGCACAACGUUACAUAUUAUAUAAACACGUGGGUGUACUUUGUAUUAUUUGCAUCUCCACCAGCUCGGUGCGGGGUACUAUGCACAGAGAGGGAGAGGCACCCCAUUGGUCGAGGCCGUCGAAUAUUAAUCCGACUGGAAAGCGAAACGGCGGCGGUGGCGGACGGAUUAUCUGUGUACCAGGCGCUGCCUCUCGUGCUCUCUGUUAUGGAAUAUAUGUUUUGAUAUUAUUAUUGCCCUCUUUUGCUCUCAACAUCCCAUUAUAUAUAGGCAAUACACGAAUGGGCGCGCAAUCAGUCGCUCAGGCCGCCGUGCACGGCCAACUUCGUUCUCCGUGCCCAGACUCAAAAUUACUUCAACAUGUCGGACUCUAACCAACCGAUGAGUGGAUUCACCGGCAGUGACAUGUCCUCAAUCAAACCCGACUCGAUGAGGAACAGAAUAUCACAACAAGCUCCUGAAUCAAACGCUUUCACCGCCUCGACACUUUCCUCGCAACAACGAUCUUCUAAUCAGUACCAAACCCAAUCGCAGCAUCAGCCUCCAUCCUCAGCACAGUACCAGCCAUCCAACGAUUACAAAACUCCUUCGACAAAUGAUUUCAAAACUGCUACACCAGAUUAUAGAGCACCACCUACAAAUGAAUAUAAAUACCCUUCAACCAAUGAUUAUAAAGCUCCUGUAUCUGCACAAUACCAGGUCCCUUCCUCCAAAGACCCUCCUUUGUCAACUCAAUACCAACCAGUCACGACAGCCCAACACCAACCUGCCGCAACUCCGCUGAACCAAAAUCAACCUCCAGCAACCCAGUAUCAACCCUCGACCCAGUACCAAUCCUCAAACUAUCAAACAACCCCAUCGAACCAGUACCAACCACAAACCCCCCAGUACCAAGCGCCGCCACCAAACCAGUACCAGCCUUCAGCAGCUCAGCCUCAAGUCGCGGCUCAACCGGGACAAGAAAAGCCAGAGAGGGCCACUGCAGGAAUGAUGAGGACCUCAUCAGUUCGACAAAUGCAGCCGAUGGCCGAGGCCACACCUGUCAUGCCAAGCGGAAAACCGGUGGCCAAAGAGGUCACCAUUACGGUCACAGGGAAGCUUCCUUCGGUUCCAUCCACGCCAGUCGCUAACAAUAAGAUACCAGUUGAUACUACAAAGGAUGUGGACGAAACGCUCACCAGACCUCAAGUACCUGACUUCAAAGAUCUUCAACAGCGUCAAUUCGAGAGACCAACAAAUCCCCCUGUAACUGGACAGCAAAUGUCCAGAGAAGCCACUCCACAGGCGCCACAGAAGUUGCGUCCAACAGAUCUAACUUUUCAACAAGAGAGGCCCGUUUCGCGAGUUUCAUCUAAGACCCCUGGCACGUGGUGUCCAAAAACAGGCAGGUUCGUUCCGGACCCACCUGAUCCAAGAGCGCAACCUCAGCCGCAUCCGCCGCCGCCUCAGGACGCGGCUACCCCAACUCCCCGGAAACCAAAGGGAACUUACUGUCCCAAAACAGGACGGUACAUACCGCCAACGGGUGUGACGCCCGUCAGAAAAGCAAUGACGCCUCGAGGGGACGAGUUCAGGGUCAAGUUUGCAGAGAUCGAGAGCGAAACACCCAGGUAUUUGCGGAGGGAUCAGAGAAGCACUCGCCCAUCCAUGGCAUUUGGAAGCGUAAUAUCUACGCCCAGAGACCAAGACAAGGCUAGAGUGAGAAGGGCGAAGAGCACAGAUGGCAUUGCGCAGAGAAAAGCGAUGACUCCAAGAGGCGAUGGGAAAGACUUUGCCAGUUCGAUAGAGAAUUACGAAUCCGCUGGCGAGGAUAGACACGGUUCUAUGGUUCGCUCCACGAGUUCACGAAGUUCUUUCCGGCAACCCCGAACUGAAAAUGUUGCUAGGACAACGGACUAUAGAAACAUCACUCCGCGAGUAUCCACCUUCAACGAUCACUACCAACCGACUGGUGGGGUUAAAAAGGUUGUGGGGACAAAGUUGCAGUGGAACGCGAAAAGCAAAGUGAGUUCCUUCCGGCAACCGGAGGAAAGGAGUGCGCCGACCUACGAGCAAAGGAGCGCAGCUCAGAAUGAAACAAGAGAAUACACGGCGAGGCAGGUGGAGAAUACGCCAAACCACCACACAGAAGCGCCGUACAACUAUCCCAGCAACAACGACGACGAUUUAAAGAGGGUGCCUAGAAGUAGGAUUAAGUAAAAGUCGCGCGCAAAUUGAAUUAAUGACGUAACAACGAAAUGAAUAGCAGGUUCAACGGACCAAAAUAUUAUUGGUCAGUUUUUAUCUAGUAUUAUUUAAAGAUAGUCGCGCACGUAAUGGUAUUUUUCCGAGCAAUCGAGUUGUCGUUUGGAAACGGAUGAGUCUUGCAAUUCUCAGAAAGCACUCACUGCAAGGCAGGCAUUUCAAAAAUGCCGAGAUAAAAGAAACUAGCACCAGUUAGAAGGCCACUGUGAGAGAGAUAUUAAUUGUUUUGGCACCUAUUUCAAGUUCAAUUUUAAAACAAAGCGUUUCACUUCUUAGUUAGUAUAGGCAAUCCCGAGCGCUGCCUCUUAGUAGCAAAAAGUGCUCAGCUACGUAGAUUGUGCAUCGCGAGAAUUAAAAAUAGUCCCCAACAUUUAAGUGCACGUAAACAGCAAAAAAUAAUCAGAGUGAGUUGGAUUCGUCUCGCCGAGCCAACAAUGAUCUGGCUCAUUUGAAAAAGUGACGGGCUGUCGAAAGAGAAACGAGGCGAACUUCCCAUCAUCGCAACAUUGAAGCUGUAAAUCUUUUCACGCGCUGUGUGAAUUCUCGCACAAAAUGAAUUUUACAGGGUAUUGCCCAACGAACAGGUCCAGAAUAAGUUAAGCCCAGGCCGCAGCCGCUGAACUUUUUAGCCUAAUACAAAUAUAAACGGUGCGCUCGGUGAGUAAUAAAAGUGUAGUGCAGAAUAAUGACCUCUCUUUCUCGAGAGCAUUCGCAGCGCACCCAAAGUGCAGGUGUGAGAAUACGUGUCUUAUAACUAUUUGUAACUCGGCUCGCGACCAAGUUAGCCGCAAGUUAUUCCGCGCCGUUGACAGCUCUUGAGAAAGAGCUCGGAAGGCGCUCGAUAGAUUAAUUAAUCAAUUACGAGGGAGAGACGGCUGCCGACAACAAGCGGUCGGGUUGUUCACACCGCCUUCUGCUGUUCGACCUUUUCCACCUCAUCGCGGCUUGUUGAUGUUAUUAAUUGAGAGCUCAAAAUUGUUGUUGUUUGUAAGCUGAAUUCUAAACACUAUUGACAGUUGCAUAAUAAUUCGAGAUUUAAUUGCACCAUAUGAUGUGUAUGUGAUAGACGCAAUAAAGCUAAUGCUUACCACCAA